CAUCACAAAUCAACUGCCUGCAAGAAAACAGUGAAAAUGGCUGCUGCUGGAAAGGAGCCAGACCUCAGGAUUGCUCUUGUUGGGAAAACUGGAGUUGGUAAAAGUGCAGCAGGAAACACCAUUUUAGGGAGGGAAGCUUUUGAGUCUACACUCUCUUUUUCCUCUUUGACAUCAGAGUGUAAGAAGGAAACUACUAGUUUUGCUGGUCUAAAUCUGGCUGUUAUUGAUACUCCAGGUGUGUUUGAUACAGAUAAGAGUAAUAAAGAGAUUGUGGAGGAGAUCACUAAAUGCAUCAGCAUGGCGGCUCCUGGUCCUCAUGUCUUCCUGAUUGUUCUCCAACCAACCAGAUUCACAGAAGAAGAAAAAAAAACUGUCGAAAUAAUUAAGACAAUGUUUGGAAAAGAAGCAGCCACAUACAGCAUGAUCUUGUUUACUCAGGGAGAUGUGCUGAAAAGGGGAAACAAGACAAUAGAAGAUCUGUUAGAAACAUCCCAACAUCUAAAACACAUCAUCAGACAGUGCUCCAUCCUGGAGAAAUUUGAAGAUAAAUAUCAUGUUUUUGACAACACAGUUGAGGAUCCUGGUCAAGUCAGGGGACUGGUGCAGAAGAUCAACAGAAUGGUUCAGCGAAAUGGAGGAAGUUGCUACACCAAUGAAAUGUUCAGAGAGGCAGAAAGAGCCAAGCAAGAAGAAAUGGAACGACUGCUAAGAAAAUAUCCAGACAUGAAUCCUGAGGCUGCAAGAAGGCAGGCAGAGACAGACAACUCAUUUAUCCAUGCUGUCCUGGGGGCUGCUGCUGCUGGAGGUGCUUUCGGAGCUGCUGUCGGAGGUGUCUUGGGACCAUUAGGAGCUGCUGCUGGAGCUGCUGCUGGAGCUGCUGCUGGAGCUGCUGCUGGAGCUAUAGUAGCAGUGAAAAAGAACGGAGCAUGUGUUAUACAGUGAUGAGUUUGAUACUUUGGCCACAGCUUAUUAAACCCUGAUUUUCAUGAAUAACAAAAUAUGUAUCAAAUAUUUGAUCAUGUAAUUAAUUAUUUAAUAAAUAUUUCAGCAUCUGUGGCUGAGAUGAG